AUGGCGUAUCACUUAAAACAAAGGGGAGUAAAAGCAGUCUAUUAUCAUGGACAGUUGGACUUGUUCGAACGAAAUAAUAAUGCUACCACAUGGCUAGAAGGUCGGUCAGAUGUAAUGUGUGUGACAAAUGCAUUCGGCAUGGGAAUCGAUAAAAGAGAUGUUCGCUUUGUUAUUCAUCAUUCAAUGCCCAAGUCAAAUGAGGAGUAUUUUCAAGAAGCUGGGAGAGCUGGAAGGGAUGGGAGUUCAUCAUCUUGCAUCUUGCUAUUCAGGUUCCAGGACAGAGGAAAGCUCCUUAAGCACAUCAGUGAAAUUGAAGAUGAUGCUCACAAAUUAAAUGCAAAAAAACGGCUGGAUGAGAUAACAAAGUAUUGUGUUGACAACAAAUGCAGAAAACAAUCAAUGCUUAAUUAUUUUGGUCAGACAAGCCAGACUGGUCUAUGCCAAAUGUGCGAUGUGUGUCUCAACAGCUUGGACAGUUCGACAUCUCAAGAUGUGACCUCCCAUGCAAUGGAUCUCAUUAACUGUAUUAUUGAAAUCCUUGGUGUCCUAGCUAAAGUUUCCCCAAAGUGUAUCAUCAAAGUGUAUCGUGGUCACAGAACAAAAGAUAUUGUUGAAAAGGGGUUGCAUACACUGCCAUCUUUUGGAAAGGGUAAAGCUAUUUUCAAGAAUGAUAAGGGUGCAUUUAAACUUAUUCACGUAUUGAUUGCAAUGGGAUUUUUAUCAGAAAAUUUGCACAAUGCAAAAGAUGCUAAUAUGACACCAUUUAUAACUGUAGAAGACCAUUCGGAUCUUUCAAAUGGAAUAAGAACUAUAGUUAU